AUGGAGGCGGAAAAGGCGGCAGCGGCGGCGUCUGAGCCUGAGCCCGCGCAUUCAUCGACGACGACGACGACGAGGAUGAGGACGCUGACGGAGGAGCAGACGCGGGCGCUGUUUGACAUCCUCACGCACCGGGAGACGUAUGCCGAGAUUGAAGGGUUCAAGGCCCCGGAUGCGGUGACGGGCUAUGGAUAUCCGUUUGCGAGGAGGAUGUUGAAGCAGACGGCGUCGGCGGCGGGGACACCCAAGGCGGGGACGCCGAGAUCGAGGACGCCCGUGUCGUUUUGGCGGGCGAGGCGGGGAGCGGAUGAUGCGAAGAGCGAGGCUGACGGCGACGAGGCUGAUAGCGAUGAUGAUGGUGGUGAUGAUGAUGAUGAGGCUGGCGCGGAAUCCACGUCGCCGCUGCUGCAGUUCAUGCUGACGAAGCUGGUGCUGCCGCUGCCGGGCGUGCGAGACUUGCCGGCCGGGUUCUGGAACGUGAGGAUGCAGGGCUUGCUGGCUCGCUUUGCGGAGGCGGAGCUGUCGGAGAGUUACGACAAGGGCGCGAUGGGGACGAGGAAGACGCUGGCGACGGGGGCGAGCAGCGUGCUGGAGAUGGUGGCGAGGGGGAUCCUGGGCGGCGUGGUGAGAGCAGCAGGCGAAGAGGAGGAGGAGGAGGAGAAGAAGAGGGAGGAGUAUGAUGAGAGCAAGGCGGAGGAUUUGUUGAGGGCGUUUGGGGAUGUUUUGGAGGAUUGGGCGUAUGGCGAUUUGAUGGGGAGGUUGUCGGCGCAUGUUACGGCGACGGAGGACGUGGAGGGGUUUUCGCCUGCUUUGAAGGCUGCGUUGAAUUAUGCCAUUAUUAACGUCGCUACUUUUGCUCAUCAUACCUUUACCGUCUCUCCAGAGGGCCAGGAUCUGCUCAAGCUGAUCGAGAACCUCAACAGCUUGGUGCCCUACAAGAUGAUCAAGCAGACGCUGCGCAUCGGAAACGCAGCCACCAUGAUCAGCGGCAUGAUGCGCCUCAUGCUGGCAAAGAUUAGCGUCACCAGCUUGACCAACUGGGUCGGCUUGACGGCCAACGCGGACGACGGGAUGAAUCUCCUGCAGAGGAUCAUCUCGCUGGCCUUGUCGUGGGAUGCCUCGGAAUUCAAGAAGAGCGUGGAUAAAAUCGAGAAGAGCAAGGGAGAGGCGGCGCCGACGGAUGAGAUGCUCGAGGCGAUUCGCACGCACGUUGCGUUGCCGAGGAGCGAGCAUGUUGCCGUUCGGGAUGCGAGUGUGCGGCAUUCGGAGUCGAUUAUCGUGGCUAUUUUGAAGGCUUCGGAUCCGUCGCUGGCGGAGGGUCUUGCGGAGGGGCAGCACGCGCAGUGUUUGGAGUAUUACGCUGCGCUGCUGUCGGUUCAUGAUCGUGAGGGUAUCACUUCGGUGUUGUGUCGGCAGUCGCCGGAUCUGUUUACGCAGGCUGUCAAGGAUGUGGUUGGUGCGUACGAGCCGAUGAUUCGGGACGUGCACUCGCAGAUUGACAUACGGUACUAUCUUGAGGCGAUGCAGGGCUUCGUGUCGGAACUUAUCCGCGUGAGCAGGCAGAAGAAGGUGAAGCGGAGCAAGAAGAAGGACGAUGAGGGUAGUUCCGAGGAGGAGGAGGAUGGGGCGAGCGUGGAGGAUUACGUGGUGCUGCUGAGGAACCACAGGGGGUUGCUGUAUAAGUGGGUGCAUGACUUUGCGAAGAACUGUCCCGAGGUGUGGAAGGACUUUCCUGCGUGGGGGCAGGAUAUCGCUGUGAGGUUUCGAAAACCGGACGCUGAUGAUGGGUUGGAGGAGAAGAAGAGGGCGAUGGAGGAGCAGCUUGAUGAGAUGGUUGGGGGUCUCGAGGGGGCGGUGCGGGAGGAUGUGCUGAGGGCUGUUGAUGCGCAUGCCGAGUAUCUUGCGGCUAUUACGCGAGUGUCUCAACGGCGGCUACAAGCUGUCAUUGAUGCCGCUGCGUCUUCUUCAUCUGCGUCUGGAUCUACACCUGGAUCUCGGACUGCGGCGUCUGGGCCUGGGAUCUAUCUCUCGCAGUGGCAGUCACUCCUCGAUUCUACGAUGAUCACGCCAUCUUCGAAAGAAGGGCCCCUACGACAUGGCCAAGACGUCAAAUACGUUUCUACAAUGGGGAAACUCGGUCUAGGCGGGCGAAAGUUGAAAGGAGGAAAGGGGGUGGGAGAGGAGGACCUCAAGGCGCCGGAUGUGAGCGUCGUGGAAGAGGCUUUGGGGGAUGCGUUUAGAGAAGUGAUUCGACAGAGAGCGGGAAGUGAUGGGGAAGUUUAA